AUGAUGUCACUUUUCAUUACAAUGGCAACCUAUGGGUUGUUCCUGGUCUCUGUGCCAUUGGUGGCCAGUAGCACAUGCAUUCGUACAUGUUUGAUUCCAAAGAUCCUAUACAAGGUCCCUAUAUACCAUUUGACUGCAAAUUCAACAGUAAUCUGUGUCGGAUUUGCAACAGCCUACAUAUAUUGCAUCCUGGGUUUUAUCAUUGAUCUGUUCGAAAGUACCUGUUCGUUUUCCCCCUUUGGUAGUCCGCGCGUCAAUGCCUCUCGCACCCUUGGACCUGUUGGGUUUACUACUCGGCUGUCCUUGGCUCAAAAAGAAUUGACGCGUCUAUUUCCAGGUUAUGCUAUAUGCUCUCUUUUGAUUUGGGCAAAUACGAACCAAUAUGAUACAUUACGAGACGGCUUUUUGUUUCUUCAAACAAUCUUUCUGAUUCUCUUGCCCUGGGGACUAUCAUGUCAGAGCCAGGCAAUACAAAAGUCAUUUCAAAUCGCAUUCAGAUGCUGUCUCUUUUGGGGUCUUCUUUAUGCAGUCAUGCCUCGCGACACCAAUUAUCAUAUUGUUGAAUUAACUCGUCUCCUGAAACAUUAUCGGGCAGUAUCUCAUCGGAGCCUAGGUGAUGCCUAUCUUAUUUAA